GGUUCUGAUUUACAUCUGGGACUUCCUACCAAUGAACUGUCAACACUGAUGGAAUCGCCCCGUCCCAUUUGUACAAUGAAAAAUGCGACAAAGAGGUCCGAGAGAGAGAGAGAUGGAGCUAGUCAGGGCAAAAAGAGUGCGGACUUGAAUGAAUUGGAUAGGAAACCGAGGAUUCUUAGAGAAGAUUUAAAAAUUAUUCAGGCAACUGGAACGAGAUAAAAUCCUGGAAACGUAAUUAUAAUUAAAAUACCAAGUUUAUUUAUUUAUACAUACAUAUGAAUAAAACUUGAC